CGACACUCAACGUUUCAGAUACUGCAAUGUUGAUGUGCAGUGCGACCGUAAUAUGGCGUCUGCUAGUUAUGGGGUCCAUAGAUUCCUAGUAUUUUUGUUGUGCAGCGGUUGCUGCACGUUCCAUCCCAUCGAGUCGCGUAUCGAAAGCAGUGCUACGGUAAAUAAGAUCGAAGCGGUGUGUGCGGAACGGACUGCGGACAGCUCGGAUAUACCGCAGGUUCUUCCAGGCACGUUAGUCACUGUGCGCCUUCAAGGCACGGGUCUGCGGCCAAACAGGACCGAGGUUGCAUUUACCCGGGAAAGCCUCGAACAGGGCGAGAAGUGUGAAAGCGAUUACUUCGUCAAAUCCGACUUUCGCGUAAACGAUAGUUACGAUGGUGAUAUUUAUGUGCGAGGAAUGUUUCCAGCGCUGCCUGCACGCGAAGGAUUACUCUACCUGUGCAUUCGCAGUCAAGACACCUGGCUGCAUCAGGGGAGAGCGGUGAAGCUCAAGUACGCUCCGAUAAGAGGCAUUGACGAGCCGGCCGUGGUGUCUGGGCUUCGGGCCCUCGGAGAAAGAGUGUCCGUAUUGGAUUCAGGAGCAACGCAGAUCCCUGCCGGCACCGAAGUAGAGCUGCAACUCUUCGGAACUGGGCUCAGCAAUGCCACACUCUUUGCCUUUACACCCGAUCGCGCGCCCGCUGGUGCGCCCUGCGGUGAAUUGCCCACGGUAGCGAUCGUACCAGCCGCGAAAGGCGGCAGUGGUCGGGCAUCGGUGUUCGUGACCCUGCCGGGGCAGAGUACGGCCUACUUCAUCUGUACUAAGGGUCGUCUCAGUGAAGAACUGCCGUGGGUGCACCAGGGCGACGGACCUUGGGUCACGGUCGUCGCGCAAGGUCGUCUUCUGCCGGUAUGGGUGCAAGCAGUCAUCUUGGCCUGCCUGCUCGUGCUCUCCGGUCUUUUCUCGGGGCUCAACUUGGGUCUGAUGGCACUCGACAAGACAGAACUUCGUGUCAUCGAGUCCUGUGGCUCGCCGACCGAGCGCAAGUGUGCCAAAGCGAUUGCACCCCUGCGUAAUCAUGGCAACUAUUUGCUGUGCUCCCUUCUGCUCGGUAAUGUGCUUGUCAACAGCAGCUUGACUAUUCUCCUGGACGACUUGACGUCCGGCCCCAUAGCCGUACUGGGAGCUACCGUCAGUAUCGUCAUUUUUGGAGAGAUCAUUCCCCAGGCCAUUUGUUCACGGCACGGAUUGCAGAUUGGCGCUCGCACGGUGUGCGUCACCAAAAUGUUCAUGGUGCUCACUUUCCCGCUGUCCUGGCCAAUAUCCAAGAUCUUGGACUGGGUGCUCGGCGAGGAAAUCGGACACGUCUACGACCGGGAGAAACUCAUCGAGUACAUCCGCCUCACCAAGGAAUACAAUAAGCUGGAGAACGAGGAGGUCAACAUCAUCAGCGGUGCGCUGGAACUGAAACGCAAGACCGCAAACGACGCCAUGACCCGCAUGGACGACGUCUUCAUGUUGCCCCUCUCGGCCGUGCUCAACUUUGAGACCGUGUCCCAGAUCAUCGGCCAGGGCUACACCCGCAUUCCGGUAUUCGACGGCAACCGCAACAACAUCGUCGGGUUGCUCAACAUCAAGGAUUUGGCCUUCGUCGAUCCGGAAGACGAGAUUCCGCUGCGCACCCUCUGCGAGUUCUACAACCAUCCCAUGACAUUUGUCUUCGAGGAUGAGACCCUGGACAACCUCUUGAACGAGUUCAAAAAAGGUCAGUCCCACAUGGCGUUUGUGCGACGCGUCAACACCGAGGGGGCAGGGGACCCCUUCUACGAGGUGGUCGGACUUGUCACGUUGGAGGACGUCAUCGAGGAGAUACUUCAGUCCGAGAUAAUUGACGAAACCGACACAUUAAUGGACAAUCGGCGCAAGCUGAAACGAAAAGAGGCCCAAGUGAGGCAAGACUUUUCGGAUUUUGCCAAGAUCGGCUACGGCAGGGAGGGCAAGCCCACAAUUUCGCCGCAGCUGGCCUUGGCCACGUUUCAAUACCUCGCCACUUCUGUAGCAGCAUUCCGCAAGCCUCUCAUCUUGGAAUCUGUGCUGCGUCGUCUGAUGCUGCAGAACGUCUUCUUCACCAUCAAACUCCAUUGCCGGGACGAUCCGUGCAUCUACCGAGCUGGUCAGGCAGCUGACUACUUUGUGCUGGUGCUAGAGGGGCGGGUCAACGUCACCGUGGGUCGCGAGAGCCUGCUCUUCGAAGCGGGACCUUUUACAUACUUUGGUAUGCCAGCCAUCUACAAGCCUCCUCCAGACACCAGUGGCACACCACAAAGUCCAGUGACCGGAGAGCCAUCGACGUGGCCGCUCCCGGAAGAGCCCUUUGUGCCGGACUAUACGGUGCUCGCCACGUGCGACACCAUCUACAUGCGAGUGCACCGCACUGUGUACCAGGCUGCUUUCAAGGCGUCCCGGCUAGACCGGCCGACCCCGCGCAGCGACGUCGAAGUGGACCGCCUGCUCCGCGAGAACCCCGGGCCGGAACCGGGCUCUCCCGAGGUGUCGCCGCUGUUGCCAGACAGCUGAGGCAGGGCUCCCCGGACUCCCGUCAUCUAGUCUGGUACGGGUGGGUGACGGCGACGCCGUGACAAUCUCGACGGGAGGCUCCACCGGGGAAACUCACCGAGCUGCUCGGAAUGCAACAUUCCUUUUGCAAUUCCCCCGGCAAUAUCUUGUACGUAGUAGUUGCAUUUCUUGUUUGUGCCUUACAUUUUUGUCGAGAGGGCAUCCAUUUUUUUAUUCAGCGCGUUAAACAUUGUUGGACUGCUGGUUCACAGCGUGGACCCAAUUUUAUCAGCUGUAUAUUAAGGUUCCAUCUCGAAGUAGGUAGGCCAUUUUCCUCCUCUGCUUUUUGCAGUCACUUGGGUAGUCCUUUAACAUCAUGUACAGAAGCGGCCAUUGCCAAAGCGAUCAAUAAAACAUGUUUGUCCAUGGCA